GUGCAGAGCAUCCUUGCGGUUCGGAGACGGAAGGAGCCGGAGGAAGAAGAGACGAUGAGAUUCCGACCAGUUCUGCUUAGGCUUUCUGGUUGCCGGAACAGAUCUCCAUUGGUCCCUGUUCAAGCUCAUCGCUUCUUCUCUCAGCUUCAACCGAAGCCCCGACGGGAUGACAGUGGCUGGUCUUCUUUUGGAAUCGCCUUCGACAUUGAUGGCGUGAUUCUUCGUGGGAGAGUUCCUGUCGGCGGCUCUCCCCAAGCUCUGAGAAGAUUAUACGAUGAUUCUGGUGCUGCACCGUCUGCAUUGACCAUGAGAGAAUCCUACAUCUUGAAAGUUUACAUUUUCCUGUUGGAUAGAUUGCUUCGUGGCGGUUAACAAUGUUUCCUUUGUUUUCCUUUGCUCCUAUCUGCAUAAUUGGCGGUGAUUCCAGGUGCAUUGAAGGUUCCCUUCCUGUUCCUGACUAACGGAGGUGGUGUUCCAGAAUCUAGACGAGCCGUUGAGCUAAGUGGACUUUUGGGAGUGGACAUUCUGCCCUCUCAGCUCUUCUUUUUGUUUCAUCCUCAUGCAGGUGGUACAGGGCCAUUCUCCUUUCAAAAAUCUUUUGAACAGGUAUGAGAAUGAACUUAUUGUGGCCACCGGGAAAGGCGAACCUGCUGUAGUAAUGUCUGAAUAUGGUUUCAAAAAAAUUCUAUCGUUGGAUGAAUACGCUUCAUACUUUGAAAACAUCGAUCCUGUCUCUCAAUAUAAGACAUGGACAACCUGUGGUACCGAAACUGGACAUGCCAAUUCGUUAGAGCCAAACAAUGAUAUUCUUUCAGAAAAAGUGAAAGCAGCAUUUGUCGUCAGUGAUCCUGUAGAUUGGGGUAGGGAUAUACAGGUUCUCUGCGAUAUACUAAAGUCUGGAGGACUCCCUGGACAGAAGUGUAGUGAUCAACCAGCUCUAUAUUUCGCAGCAGAUGACCUAGAAUAUCAGGCUGCGUUUCCCACUGAACGCCUUGGAAUGGGAGCCUUCAGGAUUGCUUUAGAAUGCAUCUUCAACAGCAUUCAUUAUCGUCCUCUUGAGUAUAAGUCCUACGGAAAACCAAAUCCGUUUGUGUUCAAGAAUGCCGAGAGGAUAUUAACCCAAAUUCAGCUAAAUCACCAUGGUGAAGAUGUCAAAUCACAUUCUUUUAGAACCAUUUAUAUGGUUGGUGACAACCCUUCUGUUGACAUCAAGGGGGCACAACAGGCCGGACACCCUUGGUUUUCAAUUUUGACGAGAACAGGCGUCUUCAGAGGAAAAGAUAAUGAUUCUGACUUCCCUGCUGAUAUGGUGGUUGACACUGUCGAAGAGGCAGUUGAAUUUAUAUUGCACAGAGAAUGACGCAUGUAGUAUCAAAACUUCCCGAACUAAGAUAUCGGAUUCCUCAUCCAGAUUCCUGGUUAGGAUUUAUGAGGUUGACGCAUGCAUUCCUAAUGCGUGUAAAUUGACUUAUCAUCUGGUUGGCUGAUCUACUGAUCUUUAACUUUUAUCUCAUAAGUUUUAAUUACGAUCCGACCUUUCUAAUACAAGAGGUUUGUAUUAUAUGAUAGCAUAACUUUAAACUCCAGAGCACCAAUAGGAAUUGCUCCAAUUGAUUUUCAUGCAUAAA